ACAAUUAUUGGAGAUUUUCAGAAGGAACAGAAAAAAUUUGUCCAAGAACAGCAAACCAAGAAAUCAGAAGCAGCAGUGCCUCCCUGGGUAGACAGCAAUGAAGAAGAAACAAUUCAACAACAAAUACUGGCCUUAUCAGCAGAUAAACGGAAUUUUCUACGGGAUCCUCCAGCAGGUGUGCAGUUUAAUUUUGACUUUGAUCAGAUGUACCCUGUUGCAAUGGUGAUGUUACAAGAAGAUGAACUACUCAAUAGGAUGAGGUUUGAUCUCGUUCCCAAACACGUAAAGGAGGAGGUGUUCUGGAGAAACUAUUUCUACAGGGUGUCCCUAAUUAAACAGUCUGCCCAGCUCACCGCACUGGCAGCUCAGCAGCAAGCAGUAGGAAAGGAAGAGAACAAAGGCAGAGAAGAGGAUAGUCAACUGAAAGAAACAGUACGACCAAAAACACCGCCCGUUACAAUCAAGCCCCAAAUAAAGUCUCAAGAGGAUGAGGAAGAGAUUUCCACAAGUCCAGGUGUAUCGGAAUUUGUGAGUGAUGCUUUUGAUGCCUGUAAUCUGAAUCAGGAAGACCUAAGAAAAGAAAUGGAACAACUGGUGCUAGACAAGAAGAGAGAAGAGACUUCAGUAGUAGAAGAAGAAACUGCUGAUUGGGAAAAGGAAUUGCAGCAAGAGCUUCAGGAGUAUGAGGUGGUGACGGAAUCAGAAAAGCGUGAUGAAAACUGGGAUAAAGAAAUAGAAGAAAUGCUGCAAGAAGAAAAUUAA